AUGACAGAUUCACCCGCUCAACCAGCAACGCCUGCGGUCCACCAUCCCGCACGGGCCGCGGUUGCCUGUACGCAAUGUAGACAAAAACGUCUGAAAUGCAAUUCGGGCUAUCCUCAGUGCUCGCGGUGCUUGUCCGCGGGGUCUAACUGCACGUACAUCCCCUCGCGGCGUGGCCAACGCCCGCCCAAAAACCGACCCGAGCUGGACUCGGUCUCUCAGCAUAUCUCAACCUUCGCCAUCCAGACCCCGCGAUCCUCCUUUCUCCCGGCCACCCCGAAUACUGCACUGCCUCUCUCCCUCGCGGACACCCCGGCACCAGGGGAGGUGUCGCAGCCGGUGAACCUCGCUCCUGGUCCGGCCUCGGCGACCUCCCCAAUGACCAGCUUCACCACCACGGCCACCACGUCAUCUCGCCUCCAUUACAAUGAACGCCUGGUCAACUACUACUUCAGCAACUUUCACCCCGCGCAUCCCAUCCUCCUCCCGCACUCGCUGUACGCCACGCAGGGCUACCCGGACUACCUGCAGGUGGUUGUGCAGUUCGUCGGCAGCCACUAUGCAUCGUCCCCGGUCGAUUGGCAGACGCGAGAGGAAACCGUCCAGGCCAUCAUGAGCAGCAAUAGCCCGCAGACGCCGGAGAUGGUCCAGGCCCGGUUGAUCUGCGCCCUGGCGAUCCACGCGCGCUACGAACUCAUGGACUCGUUCACGAUCUUCCAAGCGGCAACCGACCUGGCCAUUCAACUCGGCAUGGACUGCGCGAGCUUCGCCGUGCAGCAUGGGAACCAGAACCACAUGCUCGAGGAGAGCCUGCGACGGACCUGGUGGGAGCUAGUCUUCAGCGAAGGCAUUCUCUCCGGUCUCUACCGCCACCAGCGAUUCACCCGCGCGACCUACUUCUCCGACGUCCUCCUCCCCUGCGAGGAGACCGACUAUGAGAACCUCACCAUCCCCGACCCCUCUAACCUCGUGUCGCUGACCCAAUUUGACAAGAGGAUCUUCAACCCCAACAGCAUCGAGUUCUCCUCGUACUCCUAUCGCAUCGAGGCCGUUCGUAUCUUCGUGAACGUUCUCACCCUGACCGAGCCAGACUCUAACAUGCGCCCGUCGCAGGUUCAUGCCGUGGACCACGCCAUCGCCGGCUGGAUCCACCAUCUCCCAGACGUGAAGGGAGAUAUCCUGCAACCGGACGGCAAAGGCGACGAGAUGCUCUUCCAAGCGUACAUGAUCGUGCAGUACGCCAGCAUGUUCCUGCAUUUCCCGCGCAGCGAUCUCAUCUCCAUGCUCCCGAAUCCGGACAUCGCUUGUGCGCAGAACGAACCUCAUGUGUCGCCGACGACGUCCCAGCGUCUGCACGGGCUGAAAGCGAUUGUCGCGUCCAAGUGGAUCUUCAACCUGGCAGCCUUGCGGCUCCCGGUGAUCAAGCACACGCCGCUGUUUAUUUGCGCGCUGCUGAGUGCAGCGAUCGUGCAGUUGUCUGCAUUAUCCAAGAGGAGUCAAGACGAGAAUAUCGACAUCAUGGAGUGCUAUGACUCGAUGUACCUGGCGAUCGGGGUGUUGAAGUCGUUCAGUAAACAUUGGCCCUUAGGGCAAUCCGCGGUGCAGGAGCUGCAGAAGGUGGCCAGCGAGGUCUUGAAGGUGCAAACGACGACACAGACCUUACCGGAGGAGGAUGGCUGGACGUGUAAUAUCGACUUUGAAGGGGUUCAAGGGUUAUUACAUGGGAAUCGCGAUAUGACGGGUUGA